AAAUGAAUUAAAAUAAUAGGAAAUGAUUUUCAGAAAAUAUGGUUUUAUAAAAAUAAAAUAUUUAUUAAUUUGCUAACAGGUCCCUCAGUUAAUUAGUUACCACAGUAAAAGUAAUACCCUCAUUUGAAUUGAUGUGACUAUUGAUGUUCCCUCUGUUUUGAUAACUGAUACACUUCAAUAUUUUCAUCAUUUCUCAACACCAUCUUCAUCCUUCCCAAAGCAGAACAUUCCAGAGAAAGAGAAGUGUGAGAGACUGAGUGGCGGAGACGACGAGAGUGAUCGACGGUGGAACGGCGGUGGAACGCGACGACGAGGACCGACGGUGGAACGCGACGACGUGAGAGAAGAAGGCGCCAGCGACCUACGGAUGACGUGGAAGUUCCAGUAGAGUUUAUUGCACAAUACAAAUCUAUGCUGGGAAAUCAUGUUGUGGUUAGGGAUCCUGUAGGGGGGGAGUUCACCUUUCAGUUGGUUGUGGGUAAUAAUGGAGGUUUGCUCAUUGAUGCUGUGGUCAAGUUUGUAAAAAUGUAUGAUUUGAAAAGAAAUCAUUGGGCAGAUUUCUCCUAUUGUGGAAAGAACAAGUUUUCUAUCAGGAUAUUUGAUAGACUGAUGAAUCAAAUAAGCUAUGGUGCUGGCCCUUCUGUAAGGCAACCUGAUGUUGGGAGUUCAGGUAAGAAUGGUGAAGAGGUGGUUGUGUCUGAUGUUGGUGAUAAGGAUGAAGUUGGUGGGGAAGUUCCAGUGGAUGAUGUCGGUGGUAAGGUUGAAGUUGGUGGGGAAGUUUCAGUUCCAGUGGCUGAUGUUGGUGAUAAGGAUGAAGAUGGUGUGGAAGUUCCAGUUCCAGUGGCUGAUGUUGGUGGGGAGAUACCAUUAGCUGAUGUUGGUGGGCAGUUUAUGGAUGUGGAUAACAUUGAAGAGAAUGAUGUAAUUAUGAUAUCAAGUGAUGAUGAGGAGGAUGAUGGAAUUGUGCAAUUAAGUGAUGAGGAGGAGGAUGAUGGAAUUAUGCAAUUGAGUGAUGGAGAGGAGGAUGAUGGUGUGGAGAGGGUUAUUCAUAAUUUUGAUAAGGUCAUUAGCAGCUCUGAUUCUGGUGGAGGCCAGACAAUGGCAUUGCCUAAGUUGUAUGUGGUGAAUCAUAUUAGGGCAAACUGGGAGAAUAUCGUUCUACAAACCCCUAGGGGUAGAACUUAUAGUUGUCUGCUAAAAAGAAGGAAUCCAAGGAAGAUUGAUACUCCAAUCCACAUUGCAAAGGAUUGGUAUCAAUAUGUGAAAGAUCAUGAGUUGAAGUAUAGGGAUGUUGUGCACUUUAGGCCAGUUAGCACUCACAACAAUUUGGUUAAUGUUACCAUUACCCGUGGGCAGCCGUAGUGAGUUUGAUGUUUUGUUGAUUUCCUAUUAAUGUUUUCAGUUUGGACCUUGUAUGUUUUGCCUUUGUUUUGUGCAACUUUUGGACUGGCUUGAUGCCCCUGGCUUGUUAGACCUUUUUGGAUAUGUUUUGUGCAACUUGGUGUUUUAUGGAUAUUAGUUAAUCAAUGACUUUAUAUGUUAUUAA